UGGGCUGGCAGGCGAUGGGUGAUAGGAGAUCUGAAGGGCUGCCCAAUGGGAGAUGCCCCAUGGAAAUGCCCCUAAGGAACCAUAAGGAAUCAAGAUAGACUGCCUCAGGUGCUGGAGGUUUCAUAAAGGCACAAGCCUCUAGGAUCAGGCCAAUGGGGGCACAUCUGGCCCACAAGCAGGAUUCAAACACGAGACCAGCCUCUGAUAGACCUCUCCUCCAUGAAUUUAUUGAAUCCUCUGCUGAAGCCGUCAGGGUUGGUGGAAUGUGUUCAUAAUCCCCCCCCAAUAGACUAUUUGUUUAUUGGUAAGUGACUUUCUCAAUGUUUUGCGACAUCAUUUCACUUGAGGCAGAUCUAAACCAUACAUUUGAAGUUCAUACAUCAUUACCAUGGGAACUGCAGUUUUCCCUCUCACAGAGCUGCAAUGCCCAGCUUGCUUAACACACUACAGUUCCCAGGAUUCGGGAAUCCUGUGCUUUAAAUAUCCCUGCAUUGCAGGGGGUUGGACUAGAUGACCCUUUGAGAUCCCUUCCGUCGACAAACGCCAGCUCCCUCAGUCUGAAAAGUGAGAUGAGUGCUGCACCCCCAUACUUGAAUUUGCCUGGACUUAACUAUCUAGGGGUCCUUUACCUUACAAUUCUAUAAUUUUAUGAAAUUUGCUUUCAAUGUUAGGUGUUAGUUAGGACACUUCUCCCUAACAAACUCAUCUUUCUCUCUUCUGCGAAUUUCAUUUGCAAAUAUGUAGCUCUGCUUUCAAAUGCCGGAAAAAUGAAAAUUCUACCCCAUACCUGCAACUGAGCAGCUUUGCUUGUUGCUUCUAUAGGAUAUUUUGUGUUUUUAUAUAUGCUGCAAGCCACCCAGAGUGGCUGGGGAAAUCCACCCAGAUGGGUGGAAUAUAAAUUUAAAAAGAAAGGAAAUAGCCAGUGUUCAGCCCUUGUAAACAGCGUCUGAGUGGAAAUCACUGACUGCCUGAGAAAAGAGCUCAAAAACUCUUUUUGUGUCCGGAUUUUCACUUUUUGAAAUAUGGCUGUCAUGGAUGCUUGACAGAUGUCAAGGUUGGAAGGACACCCUGGGGUCAUCUAGUCCAGCCCUCUUGCAAGGCAGGAAUCUCAGCUCAAGCACCCUUGACAGACCCAACCUUUGCUUAAAAACCUCUCGGCAAGCAUUUCAUUUUCCAAUAUUCUGAUCAUUUCUACUUUUAUUUCUUUCCUUGAUUUCGGGGGUGGGCAGCUGCCCCCUGCCUACGCCCAGGACCUCGCCCUCUGGAAGACUUCCUCUUGCAGAAACCCCAGGUUAUUUUUGCUCGGGCUUCCUGAUCUCAGGGCUGAAAGGGCGCAGAGAAAAAGAGGGGGGGGGAAGAAAGAGAGGGAACCUGGAGCCAGAAUUGCACGUGCCCGGGCCCUUCUUUCCACCAAACAGAUCACCUUUGAUAAAGAAGAAAGGGAUUGGGGGGGGGCGGGAAAGGGUGGCGCCUCCCUCUCUCAUCUGGGCUUCAUAAAAGUCCUGGCAGGUGGCUUGCAAGGAAGCUCUGCAAACAGCUGAUCUCGCCUUUGCAACCCGGGCAAUUCCUCUCUCGGCUUCCCCUUUUGCUUCUUCUAAGCCGAAUUUCUCUUUUUCCUCUCACCUCAGGAUCUCAGCCUCUUCGCUGAACCUCACAGGACAAAUCGCUCGCUUUCUCCCUUUUUAUCCACCUGGCUCCUUUGCUCCUCUAUUCAUUCAUUUCCUUUUGAACUGUUGCUAUCACCUAAACCAGAUUUUCGUUUUUUCAAGAGACAGUGGCAGAGAGGAUAGAGUAGAUUCUAUAAUUGCAAGAUAUAGGUUAUCUUCUUAUUUGAUUCCUACUUUGCAAACAGCAAUUCUGGUGGGGGUGUGUGUGGGGGUGUCUUUGCUGACUUUUUAUCCCUGAGAGAUUUUGGGUGGGUUUUAUUUUCCUGGCUUGAUUCCUUUGCCCUUCCUUGGGUGGGGGGGGGUCUCCUUCUGCUUUCCACACUUUUUUUGUUUCUGUUUAAAUAAAACCUUUGCUCCUUUCUUCCUCGCCUGCAAACUUUUUGCUAUUCUUGUGGUAUCACAUCUUGUGGUUAAGUUGUUUGCUAUCCAGGCACCUCCAAAUCUUGUAAAUAGUAAUUUGUGGAGACUUUCUCUCUCUCUCUCUCUCUCUCUCUCUCUCUCUCUCUCUCUCUCUCCAUCCCUCCCCCCUCUCUUUCACCCCACUUCCUGUACUGAGCAGAGUUGGACCUUUACUCCCUUCUCCCCAAGGACUGAAGCUCAUUUCUCUUCCCUCUGCUGUUGUCCUUCCAACCCUCCAAGUCCUCCUCCUUUUUCUUUCUCCCCUGGACCCACUAAGGGUUGUUCUCUCCACCUGCUGUGGUGCUGGUCCUCUCAGCUGCCCAAUAUGGUGCUAGGAGGUGGUUUAGAGGUCUUCCGAGCAGAGAUGCUCACCUUCAGUUUAUGGGAUUAUGGGGUCUUUGCCUUGAUGCUCCUCAUCUCCACCAGCAUCGGCCUCUUCUAUGCCCUCUCCAAAGGAGGCCAGAAGACUUCUGAGGACUUCUUCACAGGCGGGCGGCAGAUGUCGGCUAUCCCUGUGGGGCUCUCCCUGUCCGCCAGCUUCAUGUCGGCCAUCCAGGUUCUGGGGGUCCCGGCCGAGGCCUAUCGCUAUGGGGUGAAGUUCCUGUGGAUGUGCUUGGGGCAGCUGCUGAACACACUCCUGACCGCUUACCUCUUCCUGCCCGUCUUCUACCGCCUCGGCCUCACCAGCACCUACGAGUACUUGGAAAUGAGGUUCUCCAAAGCAGUCCGCCUGUGUGGGACGAUCCAGUAUAUCAUUGCCACGAUGCUGUAUACCGGGAUUGUCAUCUAUGCUCCAGCCUUGAUCCUCAACCAAGUGACUGGGCUGGAUAUCUGGGCCUCCCUGCUCUCCACGGGGAUCAUCUGCACCUUCUACACAACCAUUGGAGGAAUGAAAGCCGUGAUCUGGACGGACGUCUUCCAAGUGGUGGUGAUGCUUUCGGGUUUUGUCGCCAUCUUGAUCCAGGGGACCAUCCUGGUGGGGAGCCCCGCACAAGUCCUGGCCAUCGCCUACAAUAACUCCCGCAUCAACUUCAACGACUUUAACCUGGAUCCUCGUAGCCGCUACACUUUUUGGACCUUCAUCUUUGGUGGGACGAUGGUCUGGCUUUCCAUGUACGGAGUGAAUCAGGCCCAGGUCCAGCGCUACGUGGCCUGCAAGACAGAGAGAGAGGCGAAAUUAGCUCUCCUUGUCAACCAGGUGGGCCUCUUCUUCAUCGUCUCCAGCGCUGUGGGCUGCGGGAUUGUCAUGUUCACCCUCUACAAGGACUGCGACCCCCUUUUGGCCGGAUACAUCUCUGCACCUGACCAGUACAUGCCUUAUUUGGUCUUGGAUAUCUUUGAGAAAUACCCUGGGGUACCUGGACUUUUCCUGGCUUGUGCAUACAGCGGGACUCUGAGCACGGCUUCCACCAGCAUCAACGCCAUGGCGGCCGUCACCGUGGAGGACCUGAUCAAGCCGAACUUGCCCAGCCUCUCCCCACGGAAGCUGACCCUCAUCUCCAAAGGGCUCUCACUGAUUUAUGGGACGUCGUGCAUCACCGUUGCAGCGCUGUCUUCGUUACUGGGAGGCGGGGUGUUGCAGGGUUCGUUCACCGUCAUGGGCGUCAUCAGUGGGCCCCUUCUGGGAGCCUUCAUCCUGGGCAUGUUUAUCCCAGCUUGCAACACCGUGGGGGUGUUGACUGGGCUUCUUGUGGGAUUUGCCCUCUCUUUCUGGGUGGCUGUGGGGGGCACCCUCUACCCGCCCAGCGCUGCCACCAUGGGGGUGCUCCCAUCCUACGGAGACUUGUGCCCGCUCUACAACGCCUCUGAGGGAACCAACGCCACCAUCGUGCUUGGCCCGCUGCCACCCCAGAACAUAACGGAAGUCGCAGACAGGUUGGCCCUUGUGGAUGACUUCUACGCCAUUUCCUACCUCUACUACGGUGCCUUGGGAACGCUCACCACGGUUGUAAUCGGGGUUCUGGCCAGCUGCCUAACCGGGCCUGCGAAAAGGAGCUCAAAGAAGCCAGGCGUGCUCUGGUGGGACGUCAUGAAGCAGACCGCCAUGGUCUCCCCAGAGGGGCUGAAGAAACCGUUCACCAAGGAUGCAGGGAACUCUCUUGAUCUGCAGAAGAAAGCCUUUGGCUCAACAUCUCUGGUGCCCAGCUUCCCGGCCGAGGAGAAGACCCUGAUGGCCAAGGAGGAGAAGGCAUCAUCAGAGCCAUCUGAGGAGAACCUCUGCGUCUGCAACGCUUUUGACAGCAGCUAUUUCCACCUGCUCAGAGAGACCAACGUGUAAAGGGUUGGGCAGCUGGAGGCCAGAAGCCUCCUGGACCAGCUUUACUUGGGAAAGGACCCCAUUUUGGGAGGGAUGGACCUCAUUCCACAAAGAGAUAUUUGUAGAUCUCUGGCCAGGCCAAGCUGCAACCUCUGGAGAAAUUUGGACAGGGCAUUCCUGGCCUGUUAUCAAAAUCUCGCCAAGUUGUGCCAACAGCACGGGGCGACGUGGACCCCUGGGGGCUUCUGUUUGUCCUUUUAGAGGACAUGCCUCCCUAACUGGGUCCUGUCACGAGGGAGCUUCUUCAUCAGUUCAUUUAUUAGUAUCAAACAGAAGCACAGGAGAUCCAUCAAGGCUUGAGCUGCUGCCCAGGGGGCCUGCUCCUCUCCCCAGAAGCUCGCUUUCUGCGUAUCAGACCCGUCCUGCUGUCUACGGUGGCUGCCAAGGGACCCUUCUGUCGAUGUCUAGUUUUCUGCUCUCUGACAUGGAGGAAACACCUGGUUUUAGGGGAAGGAGGGGGAUCUAUCAGGCUCUCAAGGGACAUCGUAUCAACUAUCACAUCUGGCUCCUGUCUCUGUUCAGGGCGGUUGCAAACUGGAAUAAUAAUAAUAAUAAUAAUAAUAAUAAUAAUAAUAAUAAUAGUUUUAUUAUUUUACCCCGCCCAUCUGACCUGGUUGGCCCAGCCACUCUGGGUGGCUGAUGUAUAUUUUGCUCUAGGAGGCUUCAUUUGGUCAGAAUCGAGUCAGCACUUCCAGAGUUAACACUAAAUACAUCUCUUCUAGUUAAGGAACCACC